CUGUUUACGUUCAACUCAAGGUGAUAAUAAGGUGAUAACAGCAACUUUUCAAUAAAAAGCAGAUAAUUUCUGUCGGAGAUCCUUUUCUCUACCGUAUUUUCAUCUGUAACGCUCCGGACGCUGUUACUCCUGAUCCUUCCAAAAUGAGUCGAAAAUUCUUCGUCGGUGGCAACUGGAAAAUGAAUGGUGACAAAGCCCAAAUUGAGCAGAUCGUGCAGUUCUUAAAAACAGGACCUCUGGAUCCUGCUGUUGAGGUUGUCGUUGGAGUUCCAGCUGUGUAUUUGGAGCAUGUCAAAAACAUUUUGCCCAGUAACGUGAAAGUCUCAGCCCAGAAUUCCUACAAAGUUCCCAAAGGAGCUUUCACUGGUGAAAUAAGUCCUGCACAAAUCAAGGAUGUUGGUGCUGACUGGGUUAUCUUGGGUCACUCUGAGAGGCGAAACGUUUUUGGAGAAAAUGAUGUGCUAAUCGCUGAGAAAACAAUCCAUGCAUUAGAAACAGGACUGUCAGUUAUUGCUUGCAUCGGAGAAAAACUGGAGGAAAGAGAGGCUGGUCAGACGGAGGCAGUUGUUUAUCAACAGACAAAAGCCCUAGCUGAUAAAAUUACUGACUGGUCGAAUGUAGUCCUUGCUUAUGAACCCGUUUGGGCGAUUGGAACUGGAAAGACGGCAACUCCUCAACAGGCUCAAGAGGUUCACAAACAACUCCGAGAAUGGCUCAAAGCUAAUGUUUCAGAAAAAGUGGCUCAAACAUUGAGAAUAAUCUAUGGAGGGUCAGUAACUGCUGCCAAUUGUAAAGAACUUGCUAAGGAACCCGACAUAGAUGGAUUUUUGGUCGGAGGAGCAUCUUUGAAACCUGAAUUUGUUGAAAUUGUAAAUGCUCGCCAAUAAAAUUGUGCAAAAAAUUUCCAGGAAGAAUUCAACUCUUCCAUGCUGGCUGAAGAAAGUCAGGUUAAAAAGCAAACACUGAUUCCCUUGUUAUUUUGAGAUUAUGUAAUUUUAAACAAAACAGAACUUUAUUUUUAUCUUUAUUGGCUUUAAGUUUUUUAUUGAAGUAUUAAAUACUAAAAAAUUCUUUUUUAUUUAUUUUAUUAGUUGAGUCAAUGAGAGUGAUCGAUAAGAAAGCAUGAAAGGUUGUUGUUGUUCAUUUUUUUUUCAUCACAACUUAUUUAAUAAUAAGUACUGAUACCCUCGUA